AUGCUACUGCCACUUUUGAUGGUGCCUACGCGACAAAGAAGUACCGUUUUGUUAUGCUUGUUAUUGGUGCUUCUCGGUUGCCUUUCGAAAAUACCUCAGGUCCAUCCGAAACCUCCGAUCGAUUUUACGGCCACAGAUCCAGCUUGUGACACGAUGAUACCCUCAUCAACGCACAACCAAAUUCGAACGACCAACAUCACCUUCAAAAUGAGAAUUUUCGACGAAAAUGGCAAAGAGACGUUCGAGUAUGAUGCGAAAAAACGGAGUAUUUUAUACGUGAAGAUUGAAGGAGGUCCAUUUGUACGUGCUCAUAUUCAAGCACGUUCUCUGGCAUAUCCCACUCAACAAAUCGGCAAUUUCGUUGAUCCGGUUCCGCAAUAUUUCAAAUUGGUUAAUUGCAGUGGUAUCUACGGCGCCGCAAUAAUCAAUGAGGAUCAUGUGACACGACGACAUGUGGGUGUUCGAUGGAAACCGCCAAGGAUAUCGAAGGGAACCAUCGUCUUCAUGGCGAGUAUCAUCCGGGACAAGCAGCUCUAUCAUAUUCGAUCCGCUUUCUUAUCACCCAUUUCCAGUCUGAUCAGUGUGAGCAGUCAUAACUGCGGUCGAUCGCACGGUUGCCUUAGGGUCGAUGAGAGUAGUGAAUGCGCGUUUGCCGACGAAUGUCUUUUCUCGCUGAAAUGGCAGUGCUAUAAAGAUGCAAUGAUCGUCGAUGCCAUCCACAACGGUGGACACAAAUCAUUCGGAUUAGCUUUGGAUGAUCAACGUGCUGUAAUGUGUGUGUCGAGGCGUCGAUCAGUGGAUGCUGAGGACUUCUUCAUUGUUGGUGAUAACGGUUUUCCGAAUAUUUUUACGCAAUCACGCAGCAAACUUUUGAAGGGACUACGUGAACCAGGACGAUUUUAUUGUCGGUUAGAUUUUGAAUCUUUCCAAUCAUCAUUGUAUAUCCCUGGCGAAUUCCACUAUCGUCAGACACUCCAAAUCCAUCUAUAUCGAACAUAUCGAGGCAACAUAUCCUUUCCCUAG